GCUUUUUUCGUGAACAAAGAGUUGUAAUGGAUUUGUUCACCAGUUAUUCUGUGGAAACUACAACUAAUGAUGAAGGCAUCGAUAAGUCCACAUACUUUAUGCAAACCCUUCAUGGCUGCAGGCUUGCUGUGGCGGUUGUCAUUCGCAAAGAUGGGGACAACUAUGAUUGUGACAUGAGUAUGUCUUGGAAAAAAUUUCUAAAAGCUUCUGGUUAUGACCACAUAUUCCCCCUCCAUUUCGAAAACAAAACAGAGUUGGAGCAUAAACUAAGCUGGUUUGUGCAUCAAGAUCUACCCAUGACUUACAAUAAUGCAGGAUGCCCAAAGUCUCUCACUGUCCAUUUUCCAGAUGUCCUGCAAUUCACACUUGCUUGGUUUCUUAUUGACAUCAAAGAGCCUCACAUCGCCAAAAUCCCUAGUUGUAUGCAAAGGCACCUCUUUGAACACACCAAAUCAGAGGCUCUCCUUGUACACGGACUUGGCCAGUGGAAUGUCAUAUUUGACAACUUCUCUUUUUGUGAUGGCUUUGAUCAGUUCAUCAUAGACAACAAUAUCCUCUUGGGUGGCUAUGCUCUAUUCAGACACAUCGGUAAUUUCACGUUUGAAGCAUUCGUGUAUGACGAGAAUGGCUUUUCUGUCAAGCCAAGUUACUCACCACCUGCUUAUUCUUUCCUGAGCUCAAGGAGACCAGAUGAGUUCAACGUCAGCGUGCGCUCCUCUAUUCCAGACUUCGCAUGUAAACAGCUCUUAUAUAUAUAUGCCAUCAAAAACCACAAAGGUGAUUUUUUUUAACUUCAAGCUACUUAUAUGCCCUAUGUGUAUCGAAAAAUCCCAUUUAAUGACUAGAAUCACCAUGCGCGUGAUAGUGCCACUUCAUAUCAUGUUAUCGGAUAACCCGCUUUCCUGUGUUGAAAAGUCAACGACUCUCUAGAAUCUUCUAGAAUCUUCUUUAUUAAGUUCUCUAGAAUCUUCUAUAAUCUUCUUUAUGAAUUCUAGGAAGUGUAGAAUUCUCUAGAUAGAGUAUUGAAUGAGAGUUAGAUAGAAAUACUCUAGAAUGUAAUAGAUGUGAGAAUAAUCUAGAAUGUAAUUAAUGUGGAAGGAUCUAGAAACACUCUCAUCUCCUUAGGCUAGCUAGUAUAAAUAGAGGUGGAUGGACACAACUCCAUCACCACCAAGAGAGUGAAGCAUCCUCAAGAGUGAGAGUAAGAGAGACUCCCCACCUUUGUACUCAAUAUUUUACAUUAAUAAAAUUGUCUUUUAUUCCUCCAAAUCUCAACAAGUGGUAUCAGAGCCGGUGAUCGGGGGCGAUUGUCCGUGAAGAGUUAAGGCGACGCAGAGGUACUAUUAGUGCACAAUCUGGGAUUGUGAAGUCGAUUGGUCUGGGACCAAACUUGCUUGGAAUAUUGAUCGUCAUAUAUUCAAGUCACUAUGGAUAUCUCUAAUUCAGUAAGUGGCGUCGAAAAACUUAACAAUUCCAACUACAACACUUGGAGUGUUCGUAUGCAAUUUUAUUUGCUUGGACAAGAUUUGUGGGACAUCAUUAGUAAUGACAACACAUCGCCACCCACAAAUGCGGAGGAAUUAAGGAAAUGGAAGAUAAAAGCGGGGAAGGCCAUGUAUGUUCUAUCCGUAACAAUUGAAGACGAGUUGUUGCAGCACAUCAAAGAUGCAAAAACUCCGAAAGAGGCAUGGGAUACUUUGGCGGCACUUUUUGCUAGGACGAAUGAUGCGAAGCUCCAACGGUUGGAAAAUGAUCUUCUCUCGGUCUCUCAACAAGAUAUAUCGGUGAGUCAAUAUUUUAAUAAAGUCAAAGCAAUUUGUGACGAAAUAUCAAAAUUAGAUCCGCAAAAUGCCAUCACCGAUACAAGAAAAAGAAGAAUCAUAAUCCAUGGGUUAAGACCGGAAUUUAAUGGUAUUAUUACCGCUACCCGUGGAUGGGCAAAAGAGCCAACUCUAACGGAGCUAGAGAGCCUAUUAGCCAACCAAGAGGCUUUAGAUAAACAAAUAUCUAAAGUCUUAAUCAAAGAGGAUGAGACCGCCUUAUAUAGCAAUAAAAGGAGUUUCGGGCGAGAGAGAAGAAGCGCAAGACCAACAAAUAUAAAUCCACAUAAUGAAGAUUGGCGAAAGAGGCCACAAGGGAGCUCUCAUCGAGGGGGAGCUAAUCAAGCCCGUCAUGAUAAAAAUAAAGAAGAGAAGAAGUACAGACGGAGCAACGACCAGUGCUACAAUUGCGGGAAGAAAGGUCAUUUUGCUAGAGAUUGCAGACUUCAAAGAGUUGAAGGAAAUGCAGCAACAUCAACUCUAAAGGAAAGCAAUAGUGAAGAAGAAUGGGAUUUUCAAGUGGCCUAUGCAGUGGACAAUGAUCAAGAACUUGCAGCUUCUUGCAUCAUUGAAGAAGAGGAAAAAGAAGAAACGGCUCUUGUCACGGUGAGUGAUAGAUUCAUAAAUUAUGAAAAUGACUGGAUAGUAGAUUCUGGGUGCUCCAAUCACAUGACGGGUGACAUGACCAAAUUAGAAAACAUCAACAAGUAUGAAGGACGACGAGUUGUCGUCACUGCAAACAACUCAAAACUACCUAUCACUCACGUUGGCCAAACAAAGAUUACUCCCCGAUUUAAUGCUGAGCAAGUGGAGCUUCAAGAUGUCAUGCACGUGCCAGGUAUGAAGAAGAAUUUACUAUCGGUGUCACAACUCACAAGAUCUGGAAAAUAUGUGGUGUUCGGCCCAGACUAUGUUAAAGUAUAUCGACAUCUACAAGAAAAUGAGGAACCGAUCAUGGAGGGACGAAGAGUUGAGUCUAUCUAUGUAAUGUCUGCACAAACGGCAUAUGUAGAUAAGACACGGAAAAAUGAGACACCAGACUUGUGGCACGCACGUCUUGGGCAUGUGAGUUACAAGAAAUUAAAGGUGAUGAUGAAGAAGGAAAUGCUAAAGGGUCUCCCCAAACUAGAAAUCCACGAUGAUGUGGUUUGCGCUGGGUGUCAAUAUGGAAAAGCUCAUCAGCUUCCAUACGAGAAGUCAAAGUUCAGAGCCAAAGCGCCGCUAGAGCUAAUACACUCAGACGUAUUCGGGAAGGUAAAGCAACCUUCAGUUUGCGGCUUCAGGUACAUGAUUACAUUCAUCGAUGAUUUUUCAAGAUUUG